CCUUCAUAUAAAAUUGGAAUGAAUUUAAUGAACCUGAUUUAACUGAUGUUUAACUAAUCAAAUAUGAGUCGGGUCGGGUAAGUUAGUUGCAACCUGCAAACACAAUGCUUUCUAAAUGGGCUAAGAAGAGAAGCAGAAGAUUUUCCCCUCACCUAACCUUUGCUUUUUUAUUCCACAAAAACAUCUAAUCCACUGUCUGCAAUUUCUUAAAACUUUGCCCUUUCUUCUUUUGUCUUAUAAAUUCCUUUGCUUAAUAACAAAAUUAUCUCAUAUUGGAAUAAUGGAUUUCAAGUUAUCAAACAAUGCACCCUUCCUAUUUUAGCUUUCAUCUGCAAAUUGCAUUUCACUUUGUUGUGAGAUUUCCCACUUCAAGAUUUCAUCUUUCCCUCUUUCUGUUUCUGGUUUUAUUCAAAAAUAAGAAAUUAUUUGUUCUUUCAUGAGGUAGAUCUGAUAUUUUUUCUUCGUUUCCUGUAAAACCCAAUCCUGAGAUGAGAUGGUUUCUUUUUUGUGCUUAAACCCCUCUUCUCUAUUUGGGAUGCCAAAAUCUACUGAACCUGAAGAUGGAUCUGAAUCCGAUACAGAUUUAUUCAGGAUCCGUACUUUUUUCUUAUUUUGGCCAUACCUCGCAAACCCCAUUUAUCGUCCCCCCAAUGUGAUUCUUCUCAUGAAGAGGUCGUUCAGACCCUUGAUAAGCAUUCUAAUGCUUGUUGCAUUGACCGCAACCUUAAGCUGUCGGAUUGCCAGUCCCCGUCGCGGUGUCUUUACUGUUUCAGCUGAGUUGGAGUCAACCACGGUCCUUAGCCAACCCCCACAAAUCCAAAUUUUUAACUCCACUUUGCUCAAGUUUGCAUCUAUUGAUAUAGGUGAAGCAAAAUCCAAGCUUGAAAUAAAGCAGCUGCUGGAAAGGGACUUUCCUAGUCAAGGAAGGCAAAGGAACUUUGCAACUUCGAGGAGCUUCAGUCAUCAUGAUGCCAAAUCCAAAAAUUCUAAUGGAUUACCGGUAUUACUCAGGUCCCCAAAAUUUUAUCGGUAUUGGUUAGAUUUUAGGAGGAAUUUACAGCUUUGGGCAAGAAAAAAGACGUUCCAGUCUGAUAUCAUGAUGGAUUUAGUUAGCUUAGUGAAGACCCCUAUUGAUAGACACAAUGGCUUGAUGAGUUCAGCUAGAAAGUAUAAAUCUUGUGCUGUUGUGGGGAACAGUGGGAUAUUGCUGAACCGUGAUUAUGGGGAACUGAUUGAUGGUCAUGAGAUUGUGAUUAGACUGAAUAAUGCUAGAACUGAGAAGUUUGAAGAGAAUGUGGGAUCAAAAACAAGCAUUUCCUUUGUAAAUAGCAAUAUACUGCAUCUUUGUGCUAGGAGGGAAGGUUGCUUUUGUCAUCCUUAUGGAAGGAAUGUUCCUAUGAUUAUGUACAUUUGUCAACCAGUUCAUUUCAUGGACUAUACAGUCUGCAAUUCGUCUCACAAGGCACCUUUGUUGAUUACAGAUCCUCGUUUUGAUGUGUUAUGUGCUAGGAUUGUGAAGUAUUAUUCGGCUAAACGAUUUGUGGAGGAGACCAGGAAGGCAUUGGGAGAAUGGGCUUCUACACAUGAUGGUUCUAUGUUUCAUUACUCCUCUGGGAUGCAAGCUGUUAUGCUGGCAUUGGGAAUUUGUGACAAAGUCAGUAUAUUUGGCUUUGGCAAAUCAACUUCUGCAAAGCAUCACUACCAUACUAAUCAGAAGUCUGAGCUCCGGUUACAUGACUACAAAGCGGAGUAUGCAUUCUACCAUGAUCUGUUGAAGAAUCCACAGGCAAUACCCUUCAUUUCGGAUAGGUUCAGGUUCCCACCUGUGGUAAUCUAUCUAUGAUUUCGGCUGUGGUAAUCUUAUCUCUGAUUUCGCCUGAAUAUGCAUCGUAUCACGACCAAGUAAAGCAUCCGUUUUCAAGGGUCCAUCCUGCGAUUGUUUCUUGCUGAUUCGAAUCCAUUUUUAUUUUGUACUUGUUCUUUGGUCAAAGAUUAAAUUGUUGUAUUCAUGUUGUAUCUGUAGUUAUCCACAAAAGAGCACAAAUGAUGAAGAUCUUUGCUUCAUAUUCCGGCCUUAAACUAUCGAAGGUAGGUUGUGGUCAUUUCAAGUGUAAAAAUGGAACUGAAAAUGUGAAGCUUUGAAUUCUUCAUUUGCUUUUUGUUUAAACUGAUUUUCCCCUCUUUUGAAA